UUAUAUCUGCGGAAGACGAAGACGUCCUCCACACAGACACGUGUGAUGCUUGUGUGCACCACGGAGCAGCGUCAGUCCCAAAAACAAGAGCACGUUGGGUUUUAUUUGAUUCAGACCUGUCUCUUUAUAUAAACUUGAGCUUUUUGCGACAUUUAAUGACAUUAGGCGCUUUGAAGACUGUGUCGGGUUGAAGCUCAGAGAGGAGCAGAACUCACCGGCUCACUGUCUUGAAAAACUCUAGCGAGAAUUUGGACUUUGACGCUUUUCAUGCACUAUGGCGGACUAUUUAAUCAGCGGACAGACGUGCUAUGUGCCUGACGACGGUCUAACUGGACAGCAGCUCUUCAACUGCGGAGACGGCCUUACUUACAAUGACUUCCUGAUUCUGCCAGGGUACAUUGACUUCACAGCUGACCAGGUGGACCUGACAUCAGCGCUGACCAAACAGAUUACAAUGAAAACCCCACUGGUCUCUUCGCCUAUGGACACCGUCACAGAGUGUGGCAUGGCCAUCGCUAUGGCGCUGACUGGUGGGAUUGGCUUCAUUCAUCAUAACUGCACUCCAGAGUUCCAGGCUAAUGAAGUCCGCAAGGUCAAGUACAUCGGGCAGGACAUCCAAACACUCACCUAUCAUUCAUCGACCUCAAAUAUGGCUUAUCAUCUCGAACAUAGGUACGAACAGGGUUUCAUUACAGACCCAGUGGUGAUGAGUCCUAAUGAGCGGGUAAGAGACGUCUUUCAGGCUAAAGCUCGGCACGGAUUCUGUGGGAUUCCAAUCACUGACAAUGGACAGAUGGGCGGACGUCUGGUCGGCAUCAUUUCAUCACGAGAUAUCGACUUCCUCAAAGAGUCGGAACAUGAUCUGCCCCUCAGUGAGGUGAUGACUAAGCGGGAGGAUCUGGUUGUAGCUCCAGCAGGAGUGACACUAAAAGAGGCCAAUGAAAUUCUCCAGAGGAGCAAGAAAGGCAAGCUUCCUAUAGUAAAUGAAGGCUGUUUGGUGGCCAUUAUCGCUCGGACGGACCUGAAGAAGAACAGAGAUUUCCCGCUGGCCUCGAAGGAUUCUCGUAAACAGCUGCUUUGUGGUGCUGCUAUCGGAACACACAAUGACGACAAAUACAGACUCGACCUGCUAGUUCAGGCUGGCGUAGAUGUGGUCGUCCUGGACUCUUCCCAAGGAAAUUCCAUCUUUCAGAUUAAUAUGAUUAAGUACAUAAAAGAGAAAUAUCCCAGCCUACAAGUCAUUGGAGGCAAUGUGGUGACUGCGGCUCAGGCGAAGAACUUGAUUGACGCUGGAGCGGAUGCUCUGAGAGUGGGAAUGGGCAGCGGCUCCAUCUGCAUCACACAAGAAGUGCUGGCAUGCGGGAGGCCACAGGCAACAGCCGUGUAUAAGGUAUCGGAAUAUGCUCGGCGGUUUGGUGUGCCCGUCAUUGCUGAUGGAGGGAUUCAGACAGUCGGUCACAUUGCUAAAGCACUUGCAUUAGGAGCAUCUACAGUAAUGAUGGGGUCAUUGCUCGCUGCCACCUCUGAAGCUCCUGGUGAAUAUUUCUUCUCGGAUGGGAUCCGUCUGAAGAAGUACAGAGGGAUGGGCUCACUGGAUGCCAUGGACAAGAACCUGGGCUCACAGAGCAGAUACUUCAGUGAGAGUGAUAAGAUUAAAGUAGCUCAGGGAGUUUCAGGGGCAGUUCAGGAUAAAGGCACCAUCCAUAAGUUUGUUCCAUAUCUCCUCGUUGGCAUACAGCAUUCCUGCCAAGACAUCGGUGCAAAGAGCCUCACACAGCUGAGGGCAAUGAUGUAUUCUGGUGAACUAAGGUUUGAAAAGAGGACAAUGUCUGCUCAAAUGGAGGGUGGGGUGCACAGCCUACACAGCUAUGAGAAGCGCCUGUUUUAAAGACACUACAGAUGCCAGUACAUGCACAGCCAAAUGCACAUAAACCCCCAUAAAUGGACUUCCACACGUGCCUUUGCACAUUCAGGCACCCAAACACACUGAGAACCUCAGCUUCCUCUUUCUCGUCUUCCCAGCCGCCUUUCCUCUUAGCGAGGAGAGAACCCUUGUGUGAAUGUCUGCGAGCAUACGCCAGUGUGCGUGAACGUGUGGUAAUGGGGAGCUCAUGCCAUCUGUUGUAUGUAUCAGAUGCCUUACAUGUCAAAAAUUGUUUUUGAUUUUUGAUCAUUUGACAAGUUUUGUUUAAAAAAAAAUACAUUUUUUGCCACAGA